ACGGAAAUUAACUUCUCGAUAAACGUGCCAGACAGACGACAGAAGGCAUCAAUCCAUGCACACAGUAGGACAGAAUACGAACCCGAAUCAAGGCAAACAAUAAAUAAAUCAGGUUUUUUUUUUGGUGUGGUGGGGGGAUUUGGGGAAUUAAAUAAGAAAAUGAGUUUGACGAAGAAAUGAAAUUUGAAUGCAUGUUUGAACGAGGACAGAUGGGAGCAGAGUAAAGGUUUUAUGUUAAAGGGCGCUGGUAUUUUCCCGCCUUAGAGAGUGGAGUGGUUUUUAUUAUAUAGAUAUAUAAUAUAUAUAUAUAUAUUAGAGAGAGAAAGAAGUAGCAGAAGUUGGCAGGCAGAGUAUCUGAUAGUUUGCAGCAGUAGCAGCAGCACUGGAAACAUGUUUGUUGCAGAUGGGGCCUCUCCUGUCCACCAUUGGAUUUCUGUUUUCCUCUUUUUUUUCUUUUGGGGUUUUGGUACAUUGGUUUAAUUUUUUAAUAGGGGCUUGGACGGGCUGUUAAAUUAGAGUGGUAUUAUCCAAUUGGCAGGCAUUUGGGAUUGGAGGGAAUUGGAUUGAGAUUGGUAUUGGGAAUUGGUGAUUUGGAAUAAUGGGCGAUAGCGUGCAGGUGGGCUAUGCUCUGUUGGGCUCCAAGAACAAGCCAGCAUGGAUGGAGGGAUUGCUGACUGAGAAGUUCUUUGUGGGAUGUGGGACUCAUGAUACUGCAAGAAAGAAUGAGAAGAACAUAUAUUGCUUGGAUUGCUGCAAGAGCAUCUGCCCUCAUUGUUUACCGGCACAUCUUACUCAUCGGUUACUACAGGUUCGGAGGUAUGUUUAUCAUGAUGUUAUCAGGCUUGAUGAUUUAGCGAAAUUGAUCGAUUGCUCAUAUGUUCAGUCAUAUACUAUCAAUAGUGCAAAAGUGGUUUUUCUAAACCAGAGGCCACAAUCUAGGCCUUUCAAAGGGUCUGGAAAUAUGUGUGGAACUUGUGAAAGAAUCUUGCAGGAACCAUACUUCUACUGCUCCUUAGGUUGCAAGGUGGAACACAUUGUGAAACAGGGGAAAGAUUUAUCUCGGUACUUACAUAAAUGUGAAACUUUGCCCCUGUCUGAUUUUGUAUUCACACAGUUUGAAGGCCUGAGAACUGACAAUGGGGAUUUUGAAGAGGGGCAGAUGACACCCAAUUCUAUUCUUGACAACCCAUUAUCCUCUGGAUCUAGUGCCAAUGGAACAGUGGGUUGUAAGACCUUGGCUUCCACAGCCACAACAGAUUUUGUGAAGAUGAAGAGAAAUGGGAAAGCUGGUCAAACCUCAACACCAAUACCCGAGGCCUUUGCAUCUUGCAGUAGGAGAAAAAGCACCCCUCAGAGAUCUCCUCUGUAUUAGCUUCUCUCUUAUUUUCUUCCUGCAAAUGUAAUGGUUUGUUCACUCUGUCUGGUUAUUUUUUCCUGGGCAAAUCAGACAGAUGAACAAUGCUAAGGAUUGGUGAUUCCUUAGUUGACUAUCUAUAUCUUUCAUGACCUCAGCUGCCAUGGUUUUUGGUGAUUAAUUUAUUGUCUCGGCCAUAUAAAGAAGGGGAAUUGCAGAGCAGUUCCAAUUGGAUUCACUUCCCAGUAAUUCUUCAGACAGGAUUCUUAUAAUUCUGUGGGGAGUAUAUAAUUUGCAUUGAGCAAGCUAUGAAGCUUGCAAUUUUGAAUGCAAUUAUAUCAUUACCGUACUAGUGUGCUAUGUAUAGAAAGAUAAGGCUUAUGUACGCCAUUACUGAUAAUUACAAAUAUACAUUCUGUUUA